AACCAGUUUUAAGAUGUUGUCUACAGAAAUUCCAUGGAAUCUCAAUCCAUGGAUCGGUUGCAACAAGUGAAUCAAACAGGCCCUUCAAGUUAUUAUUUGACGGGUUUUCCAUACAUUCCUGUGGUAGGUCCAAGUCAACCCGAGCCCGCUUUCAUCUGGCACAGUGUUUUCGUGCGCGUGGGGUUGGAAAACUGUUCUAAUGUGGCAGAGGUUGUCAGGGGCCUCACAUGGGAUUAUCAGGAGGAGCGGUAUGUUUUCAGGAUUCAUGCAAGGAGUGGUAUUGCGUGAAGUGAGGAGUGUUAUGGAGCCACCGAGAUCCGAUGGAUAUCUGCGAGGCUGGGUUUUUUCAUACUGUAGUAUACCGUAUAGUUAUCAUCCACCUUGGAUCGGUGGAUUGGGAUUAGACUAAGGGAAAAACUGUUAU